AGUCUCGGUCACAAACAACCACCACCAGCCCGCCCCGCCCCUCCUUCCCCUGCCGCUGUGAGCUCAGAGCAGUAGGGCCAAGUGCUGCGGACCAGGUCAGAGCCCCGCGAGCAGCCAUGGGCGCUGAAGGAGCACGCCUCCUCGGGGUCCACUGGGCCCUGCCUCUCCUGCUCCUCACGGGAAGCAUGGCCCAGGAUUUCCCACCCCAGAUCCUAGUCCAUCCCGAGGACCAGCUGUUCCAGGGCCCCGACCCAGCCAAGAUGAGCUGUCGGGCCUCAGGUCAGCCACCUCCCACCAUCCGCUGGCUGCUGGACGGGCACCCACUGAGCAUGGUGCCCCCAGACGUUCACCACCUCCUCCCUGACGGAACCCUCCUGCUGCUACGGCCCCCUCCCCGGGGACGUGCCCACAACGACCACACCCGAUCCACAGACCUGGGAGUCUACACCUGUGAGGCCAGCAACCGGCUGGGCACAGCAGUCAGCCGGGGAGCGCGGCUGUCCAUGGCUGUCCUCCAGGAGGAUUUCCAGGUCCAGCCUCGGGACACAGUGGCUGCAGUGGGUGAGCAGGUGCUUCUGCAGUGCGAGCCGCCCUGGGGCCACCCAGAGCCCACUGUCUCAUGGUGGAAGGAUGAGAAACCCCUGGCCCUGCAGUCAGGGCGGCACUCGGUGUCCCAAGGCUCCCUGCUGAUGGCAAGAGCAGAGAAGAGUGAUGCGGGGACCUACAUGUGUAUGGCCACCAACAGUGCAGGACAACGGAAGAGCCGGGUGGCUAGGGUGUCCAUCCAGGAGCCCCGGGACUACAAGGAGCCCCUGGAGCUUCUGGCUGUGCACAUUCAGCUGGAAAAUGUGACCCUGCUGAACCCAGACCCCAAGAAGGGCACCAAGCCUGGGCCAGCUGUAUGGCUCAGCUGGAAGGUGAGCGGCCCCGCUGCACCUGCUCAGUCCUACACGGCCCUGUUCAGGACCCAGGCUGCCCCUGGGGGCCAGGGAGCCCCGUGGGCAGAGGCCCUGCUGGCUGGCUGGCAGAGCGCAGAGCUUGGGGGCCUCCACUGGGGCCAAGACUACGAGUUCAAAGUGAGACCGUCCUCCGGCCGCGCUCAGGGCCCCGACAGCAACGUGCUGCUCCUGAGGCUGCCUGAACAAGUGCCCAGUGCUCCUCCCCAGGAGGUGACCCUAAAACCUGGCAACAAAACUAUCCUUGUGAGCUGGAACCCACCACCUGCUGAAAACCACAAUGGCAUCAUCCGUGGCUACCAGGUCUGGAGCCUGGGCAACACCUCAUUGCCCCCAGCCAACUGGACUGUGGUGGGUGAGCAGACCCAGCUGGAGAUUGCCACGCGCAUGUCAGGUUCCUACUGCGUGCAAGUGGCUGCAGUCACUGGCGCAGGCGCUGGGCAGCCCAGCAGCCCUGUCUGCCUCCUAUUAGAGCAGGCCAUGGAGCGAGCUGCCCAGCAACCCAGUGUGCACAGCCCAUGGACCCUGGAGCAGCUGUGGGCAGCCUUGAAGCGGCCAGAGGUCAUUGCCAGCGGGGGUGUCGUGCUGUGGCUGCUGCUGCUGGGCAUUGCCGUGUGCAUCCACCGCCGGCGUCAAGCUGGGGUGCGCCUGGGCCCAGGUCUGUACAGGUACACCAGUGAGGAUGCCAUCUUAAAACACAGGAUGGAUCACAGCGACUCCCCCUGGCUGGCGGACACAUGGCGCUCCACCUCCGGCUCCCGAGACCUCAGCAGCAGCAGCAGCCUCAGCAGUCGGCUGGGAGUGGACCCCCGGGACCCGCUAGACGGUCGCCGCUCUUUGAUCUCCUGGGAUCCCCGAAGCCCUGGGGUGCCCCUUCUUCCUGACACCAGCACCUUCUAUGGCUCCCUCAUUGCUGAGGGGCCUUCCAGCCCCCCAGCCCGGCCAAGCCCCCAGGCCCCAGCUGCCAGGCGGCUCACACCCCAGCUGGCCCAGCUCUCCAGCCCCUGGCCCAGUUCAGACAGCCUCUGUGGCCGCCGGGGCCUCUCUUCCCCGCGCUUGUCUCUGGCCCCUGCAGAGGCCUGGAAGGCCAGAAAGAAGCAGGAGUUGCACCAGGCCAACAGCUCCCCACUGCUCCGGGCCAGCCACCCCGCGGAGCUCUGGGCCGGCGAGUUGGGCAACAGAGGCUCCAAGAACUUUUCCCAAAGCCCAGGAGCUGUGCCCCGUGCUCUAGUGGCCUGGCGGGCGCUGGGACCACAGCUCCUCAGCUCCUCCAGUGAGCUGAUGACUCGUCCUUUGCCCCCAGUACCCCUCGCUCCCCGUGGAUCCCCCACUCAGAGUCAACAGACCCAGCACUCGGGGGAGCCCCCAGCCCCCACCUCCCCUCCACCGCCAGCAGCCCCCAUCCCCGCCCUCAUUCCCUCUGGUACCCUCCACAUCUCCAGCCCCCAGGCCUCUUCCCUCUCUGGUCCCAGCCCAGCAUCCAGCCGCCUGUCUAGCUCGUCGCUGUCGUCCCUGGGGGAGGAUCAGGACAGCGUGCUGACCCCUGAGGAGGUGGCCCUGUGCCUGGAGCUCAGUGAGGGUGAGGAGACCCCCAGGAACAGUGUCUCUCCGAUGCCAAGGGCGCCUUCCCCUCCCAUCACCUAUGGCUACAUCAGCGUCCCCACGGCCUCAGACCUAGCAGACAUGGGCAGGCCUGGAGGAGGGGUGGGGUCCGAGGUGAGGGGCUUGCUGUGCCCACCUCGGCCCUGCCUCACGCCCACCCCCAGUGAGGGCUCCUUGGCCAAUGGCUGGGGCUCAGCCUCAGAGGACAACGGCCCCAGCGCCAGAGCCAGCCUGGUCAGCUCCUCCGAUGGCUCCUUCCUUGCUGAUGCCCACUUUGCCCGGGCCCUGGCCGUGGCUGCGGACAGCUUUGGCUUUGGUCUGGAGCCGAGGGAGGCAGACUGCGUCUUCACGGAUGCUUCGUCACCUCCCUCCCCCCGGGACGACCUCUCUCUGACUUCCACCCUUUCCCUGACCCCGUGGGAGUGGAGGUCAGACUGGUUGGAGGACAUUGAGAAAAAUCCCACCCAGUGGCUGGGAAGGGGGCUGCCUCCCUGGCUGCCUGAAUCUCGGAUCUCUUCCCAGAAAAGUCAGCUCAGCUCUCCUAUGCCCAAAGCUGGCGACUCCUCCUGAGCUGACCGCCCGACUGCCAAGAUGAGAACCAGACCUUCCUCUCCCAUCAGCCACUGGCCAGGGCUAUGGACUGCGGCUCUUGGCCUGUGCUUCGCUGCAGUUGGGGGGUCCACCUUGCCUGGCUUCUGGCAUUCUCCCUUCCGGAUUGUGGGAACAAAUGAAAGCAAAACAAAACAAGAACAAAGCAGACCUGCAGCCUCCAGGAGCAAAAUGUCAUCUCUACCUGGCUUGCAGCCCUUGCCUUUCCCUCUGUUCCAUCCAUGCCCACAGUCAGGUCAUUUUAGCCUGAGAGGCAGCCCUAAAUCCUGUGUGUUCCCCGCCCCACCCCUGCCUGGGUCACAGGAAGUGGGGGAGCCAGACGUCUUCCUGGAGGACAACACUGGCUCACGGGAAAGGACUGUGGAGCAGGGAGCGUCUCAGGGCCUCCUCUCAGCCUUUUCCGGUCCAUUCCCGGUCUCGCCCCAACCACACUGUGAAGGGACAUAAAGAGGGGCUCCACUGAGGCAGUGAGGCCCGGCCUCGGCACCAAGGCAAAGGGUUCAAGAUGAAUCGAGGGAGGAAGCUGAAGUGGGACAAAUGUGGGACAAAUGCACCCUCCUGAUACUGUUCUCACUAUGAGUUGUCACUGAGGAAUUUGAUACCAUAAAGCUUCGAUGACUUGA